GGUGUAUUCUACCUUUUCCCCAAAAAAACCCCUCUUAAACAAAACCUUAAACCCUCUAAAAAUCCCCAAUUUGUCUAAAACCCUAGAAAUCUCUGAAAAUGGCGUUGGCUUCAUUAAUCCGCAAAUCCACUUUAAAUUUAACUAAUCGAAUCAUUCAACGAAAUCAUAGAACUUACAUUUCCGCCAUUAAUCAUCCCAAUUUUGCUCUCGGUAAACCGUCAGUUGCUGUUGUUUUUCCAAUUUUCCGGCACCACUUUUCAACUGCUGCCGCUGAUGAACCCAACAAAGGAACUUCUACUGAGUCACUUCUCCGAGUUCUUGAUAUGGAAAUUAAGCUUGCUGAAGAAACUGAUGAUCAUGAGCGGGUCGAGACGAUUCCAGAAGGAUUUCCUUUCAAGAUCGACGAUAAUCCAGGGCAACAAACUCUUAUACUGACAAGAGAGUAUGAUGGUGAACUUGUGAAAGUAGAAGUUCACAUGCCUGAUCUGGUAACCGGGGAAGAUAAUCAAGUCGGUGAUGAUGACAUAGACGAUGCUGAAAAGCCAACUCGAUCUAGCAUCCCGUUGAUUGUUUCUGUCUCGAAAAAGAGCGGAACUUCUUUAGAGUUCCACUGUAUUGCUUAUCCUGAUGGGAUUGUAGUUGACACCUUGUCUGUCAAAAAUUCAGAACUUUCAGAAGAUAAAAUUGCCUACGAGGGACCUAAUUUUCAUGAUUUAGAUGAGAAAUUGAAGAAGGCGUUUCAUAAGUAUUUGGAGAAUAGAGGGAUAAAGCCUAGCACUAUCAAUUUCCUGCACGAGUACAUGAUUAACAAAGAUAGUCGAGAGUUCUUGGGUUGGUUGAAGGAUCUGAAGCAGUUCGUGGAAGCAUGAGCGUAUGGCUGAAGAAAAAUUAAGCACAAGCUUGUUUGCUUAUAUAAGGCAGAUAGUAGUUUCUUAUUGAAUCAAAAACUGUGUCAUGGAAAUGUAUUCAACUUCUUAGUUUAAUGUUGAAUGACAUGCCGCUGCUCGAAAGUUUACGAUUCA